GACUGAUGCGCGUUUGCAGCGCGCAGUAUUAAUUGUGAGGGAAUGAGACGCGCGUAACGCGUGAGAAAAUUCGCACCUCGGCGGCAGUAUAAGGUGUUUUGAUGGAUGCGAGGUUUUCCCAAAGAACAUUUGCCAUCUCUCGGAAAGAAAACCAAUAGAAAAGCGUUCUCUCUACGUAAUGAAUCCCCUCCUCCUCCUACUCCUCCGACAUAACGGAGCGAUGCUGGCGUUCAUGCUUCAAUCGAAUCGCGUCUAAUCGCGGCUUCGACACGAUGGAGACGAGAGUCCCUGGCGUGAUUUAAAGGGGGAAGCCCUCAGCACAACACGAUAGAUACACAAUGCACUCCUCCUGUCGCGAAUACGAUGCCUUUCUCUGGACGUUUGGACUCCUAAUGUCACCUCGCUGAGCGAUGAUGCUCGCGUUACGGCUCGCAUUUGCUCAUCGUCCGCUUUAUUCGCGAAAGAAGCAGCAGAACGGAUGCUUGACCACUGCGAAACUGCCUUCACGCUUCAAGCCUCUUCUGAUUAUCGGCAAGGGACGCAUUAUCAUAACCACGAGGGCCAGGGAGACACGAUUAAAGUUUCAACGAUGUAAAUCGAGGUCUGGUAUGAGUGAAGUCGCCUCUGUCUAGCACAAACUAGAGCUCACAUUUGAGAGAGUCGAAAGAGGACGUCCGUUCAGCGUUUGCUGCGCACCACACCAUGAGCCAGCCACAGCCCCCUCAGCAGGCGGCAGCGCCGGACCUGGAGGUGAUCUCCCAGCAGGUGGAGGAUGAAGGCCAGUGCAUGGCUCCAGUGCAGCUGGUCGGCUUCGCCUACAGGGACCUUCCUCUAGCUGCCCUGGACCUCUCGCUGGCCGGAUCCCAGCUACUUUCAAAUCUGGACGAAGAAGACAACCAAGAGGGGUCUAACUGGCUGAAGCCGUGCUGCGGGAGGAGAGCAGCUCUGUGGCAGGUGUGUUUGCUGAGUGCCGGCUUCAACUGUUUCCUGGUGGCCUGUGUCAUCUUGGUGGUGCUCUUACUGACUGUGGAACUGCUCAUUGAUACUAAGCUCCUACAAUUUAAUAAUGCGUUCCAGUUCGCCUGUAUCAUCCACUGGAUCAGCCUGGUCAUCCUGUCCGUGUUCUUCACUGAGACUGUCUUUAGGAUUGUGGUGCUCGGGAUUUGGGAUUAUAUAGAGAACAAAGUUGAGGUAUUUGACGGUGCUGUGAUUGUACUCUCUCUGGCCCCAAUGGUGGCCUCCACGGUGGCUAACGGCCCCAGCAGCCCCUGGGACGCCAUCAGCCUCAUCAUCACCCUCCGCAUCUGGAGAGUCAAGAGGAUCAUUGACGCGUACGUGCUGCAGGUGAAGGUGGAGAUGGAGCUGGAGAUCCAGCAGUAUGAGAAGACCAAAGCUGUGAGGGAGGAACAGCUGGAGAGACUCACACAGAUCUGUCAGGAACAGGCCUUUGAGAUCAGGCAGCUGAGGGCUCACCUGGCGCAGCAGGAUUUGGAUCUGGCCGUUGAGCGUGAGGCUGCCAUGCAGAUCCACCAUGUGUGGGGCAAACAGAGCAGCACCUUCCAGGAAAUAGACGGCCUGGGACCCGCUGGAUCUGACAACCAGUGCCGCGCCAACACCAGAGAGCCCAGACCUCCUCCAGAGAGUGUUGUUCAGGAUGAUAUGAAUAACUACAUCAGUCAGUAUUACAGUGAGCCAAGUAGCGACAUCGGGGUGCCCGACCCUGGUGCACGUGUCAUAACCACAGCAGCCAUAGAUGUCCACCUUCCUACCAACCCCAACCAGUUGCUGCCUUCCCUCGUCAGUGCUGACGGCCCGGGCAGUGGCCAGGAGCGCACGGGCAGCUCUGUAAGUGAAGCCUCCAGCACGACCAUGUCCCGGUCCAGCUGCAGCUUCACAGCCCGGCAGCACAGCGUCAGCAGCCACACGCUGGCUUCCACAACUGACUGCAGCUCCACCGUACGGGAGGCCUCCACCUCCGACUACAGCGGCCAGCGCUGCUGCCCUCCUCCAUACUGCAGCCCUUUGACCCUUGGCACACAACCGGGUGUCCGCGACCCCAGCGCGGUGGUCAAAGAGCUGCUCUCUUCCCUGUCUGAGGACUCCUGCCUGGCACAGAAAGGCAGGGUGGACCCAGUCAACCUUAAAUUGCCCAGUCCGGCAGGGUCGGUGAAGGCCAGUCCGGAACUGGAGCACAGGGUGAACAUAUACAACAAGAGAAACCAGGAAAGUCUGCGCGUAUUCCAGACCAAGCCACUAAUUCACCUGCAGGGGACUGAGCCAUCUCUGGAGGAGAAGUACAGGCUUAUGGAGCCGGCAGAUACUCCACUGAGCCAUAUACCGGACACAUAGAGCAUGACGUUUGGGACGGUGACCACCAACACCAGCUGAAGCAGCCUCUCUCUUGGCCUCUCUCUCUCUGUAUAGCUUACUCACUGGCUGUGUCAGAAACAUGAAAAAUAAUGCCUUCGCUGACAGUAUCCCGAGGUAGGAAGACAUCAAGGCAUAUCCGAGUCUAGUGACUAGCCAAGUAGUUUCAGAGGCAGUGUAAAUGGCUCUAUGCCAGCACUGCUUCUGGUGAGCCACCUUCCUGCAGAGUUCAGGUCCAGAUCUGCUCCAACACACCUUCCUGUAGUUUUCAAGUAAUCCAGAACACCUUGGUUGGUUGGUUCAGGUGUGCUUGACAAGGGUUGGAGCUAAAUUCUAUGUGAAGGUAACUCUCUAAAAGCAGGGUUAGCUACCCCUGCUUCUUAUUGCAAGAUUAAUAGGAAUUACCUUGUCACGAAUGGUACAAAAAUAAACGCUGGCAUAUACUACGUCUUUUAAAAUCUGAACAGUAAGUAUCAUACACUUGUCAACUUUGUAAACGGUUACAGAAAAAAAAUUAUACACUAAACCACUGAGGAUCACACACUACCAGACUUUCAUAGAACUCAUGCAGAAACUUGCCUAAAGCUAAACAUGCCUGAAGCUAAAAACAAAUCCAUGCCUGUAAAGAAAAGUGAUUUUCUGUGAAAUUGUUCCAAAUAACCAAAAUCUGCAGACUUGUUCUGACUGUUGGUAACUAGCAUCCAAUCCCCCCUACUGUAUACUGGGGAUAAAGAUUCUAGGCCGGGGUGGCCAAUGUCCUGCAGAGUUCAGCUCCAAACCUAAUCAAACACACCUGAAGAAGCUAAUCAAGGUCUAAGGUUUACUAGAAAGCUACAGGCAGGUGUUUUUAUCAAGAUCGAAGCAAAACUCUGCAGAGAUAUAGGUCUCCAGGACUGACGUUGGCCACCCCUGUUCUAGGCAAAAGUCAUAAAGUUGUAUUCCAGCCUUAAGUUUCUGUCAGACUCUGCAGGAAGGUGGCUGUAAACGAGCUGGAUUGGACAACCCAUUAACCAUCUCAGAUAGCCAUUGUGAUAUUUACACCAGUGUUUCCUCAACAAUAGACUUUAUUGAACUCCUCCUAAUCAAACACACUAACUCAUCAGCUCCUUAAUAGAGACUCCAACAACUGAGAUAGAUCAGUCAGGUUAAGACAUCCAAAAUGUGUACUGUUGGUGUGCAUCCAACACGUCGACUAGCAGCAUAACUAGUUCACUAAUCGGUGCAUGCCUACCUGAAAU